AUGGCCGCGCGAAACGCGCCCCAAAUCGACCGCCAAACAACCACCCCCUUCCACCUCAAGCUCUUCUACCGCCUCAACAACUUCCAUCACCUCGCCGACUUCUCCCUCUCCCCAUCCCCCUCCACCUCUUCACCCUACGGCGGCCCCGUCAGCGGCCCCAAUGCCAUCCGCGCCCAGUCACCCCCCUCCGCAACCACCGCGCGCCUCCCGCCGCAUCUCGAAAUCUACACCUGGCAAUCAUGCACCCUGCGCGAGCUCAGCCAGCUGCUUACCUUGGCGCUGCCGUCGCUUCUUCCUGAUCCGCCUGUGGGCACGAGGUUGUGCUUCCGGCUUAUUUACCCCGAUACGAAAGCAGCUGCGGCGAUGGGGCCGGGGGCGGAUGCGAGAGGGCGGUAUUUGAGUAAGGAUAUUGGGAAUGUGGUUAUUGGGCCAAGGGAUAGUCCGUUUCACAACGGGGAGGAUGAGGAGGAGGAUGCUGCUGCUGCUGCGCCGCCGCCGCGUGGUUUACGGUUACAAGGCAAUGAUACGGAGAGGACGUUGCAGGAUGUGCGGUUUGUAAUUGGGGAUUAUGUGGAUUGUGCGAUAUUGCCGCCGUUGGAGGAUGGGUCUGUUGCGCCGCCGAUUAUCUCGGGGAGGGGCGCUGUUGGGGGGCCAGGGAGUAUUGGUGGGGGGAUGAGGGCGUUUCGGGAGAAUGGGUUUGGGCUUGGACGGGGUGGGAGGGGGAGGGGGGGUGAAAGGGUUCCUGCUGGGGAUUGGAAACGGGGGGAGAGGUUGCCGGAUGGGGGUGGACGGGGUGGACGGGGUGGACGGGGUGGAAGGAGGGGAUGGGCGCCGUAUUAG